CUACAAAUGGCAGCAUACAUAUAGCAUAGUAAAAUGGUAAAACAUGUUCGGAAAACAUGUGCUGAGGAAGAAAAAGUUCGUAAAGCCUUCCAAAUUCUCAUAGCAAGGCAGCAGCAGGAGGAGAAACCCUACCUAAUUGGUGGGACAAAAUAAACGAAGGGUAACUAAGAAAACCAUAACCUCGCUCGGCUGAUAAAAUUUAGCCACUGAAAAAUCCAUGUCAGCACUCUUAUAUUGCGUUAUAGAUAAUAGUAAUAAGAUGGAAUUUUACGUUCUCUCCAACAUAUCAAAAUCCCUGUUGAAAAAAACGAAGAAUGGUGGUUAGUGAUGUGCAUUUAUAUCGAUUGACAGACAAAGUGCAUUAUCACUGUUGAUAAUUUUGACGUGGUUUUAAGGGGAGCUGCAAGCAGCUAAUACCUUGAUUUUUUGAUUUUUAUUUUAUAAUUUUGCUAAAACGCUCUCCAACUCCAACCCAGUUAUCCAACAUCACCAAGCUGGCUUACACCCUAAUCCUUCACACACCGUAGUUCAUCAACAACUGGUUUGCACUCCCAUCUCAGAACUCCUUCUCCAGCCAUCGCAAUUCUAACCCCAAUAAAUGGCUCCCCUCAACUGCCAACUGCCAUCAUCCAAGUUCUUCCACCUUCACCUCAGAUAUCCCUUAGCCUUCACAUCACCACCAUGCGUUCCAGCAACGGUACCACAUGUGCUGCAUCAAGCACCGGAGCCUCUAACGGUAACACAGGGCGCCACCCUGUGUACCGUGGAGUGAGGCGUAGGAGCAGUGGAAAAUGGGUUUCUGAAAUCCGUGAGCCCAGAAAACCUAACAGGAUUUGGUUAGGGACAUUUGCCACCCCUGAAAUGGCGGCUAUUGCCUAUGACGUGGCAGCGCUUGCUCUUAAGGGGAAGGAUGCCGAACUCAACUUCCCUGACUCCGCCUCUUCUCUUCCCGUUCCUGCUUCAUCCGCUGCUCGUGACAUUCAGAUGGCUGCUGCCAGUGCUGCAGCCGCCGUCGGAGCAGCUAAUGAUGCACUGAGUGAAGGAAGCCGAGGAGGGAAUCUUUCGGUUUCAAUGGCACAAGAGUUUCCAGGGGGAAACUUAAACCACUUCGUGGAUGAUGACUUGAUCUUUGACAUGCCGAAUAUUCUGGUCAACAUGGCUGAAGGAAUGCUACUCAGCCCUCCUCGUUUUGACAAUUUUUCUGCUACAGAUUAUGACUACAUGGAUGAAAAUCCUAAUCUCUGGGGCUUCCCUUACUAGUUAGUUACUAUCCAUCAGAUGGUAAAUAACCUUUUAUACUAAUAAUGCAAAAAUCUUAAUAAGGAAAAAGGUAAGUAAGAUAUAAUAAUGAAUUAUGGGAGAAGCCUUAUAUCCAGUCUUUGCUUAGACACCAGGAAAGGUAGUGUGUGGAAAGUGUAUCUUUCUUAGUCUCUUUCCAUUUCGUUUUUCUUUUCUUUUCCUUGUGUACAGUACCACCUUCUGGUUAUACUGAGGUUUGCUGCUGUUUCACCUCGAAUCUAUGUAUAUGUAAUGUUUAUGUAACAUGUUAAUUAAAUAAUCUAUUUUUUUUC